AUGUCUGACGUCGCAAAGCCCGACCCUGCCGCCGAGCAGGUUGCCAACCCCGGCGCAACUCUUGUCAAGGACGAGACGGCCAAGGUCACCACCGACAAGGCCGCCGACCAGGCCGCCGACAAGGAGGAGAAGCCCGCCACUGCUUCGAGCGACGACAAGCCGGUGACGGAGAAGGCCACAGAAGCCGCCGCGUCGGCUGCGGCUGCCGUCAAGGACAAUGUCUUUUCCAUGUUCGGUGGCGGCCCCAAGAAGGAGAAGAAGGAGGAGGCCGACGAUGCCGAUGAGCCCUCUGGCUCGUCCAAGGCGCAGGCCACUGGUGAGGAGGACCCCGAGAACCAGGAGCCUGACGUCGAGUUCGCCCCCGUCGUUCACCUUACCGAGAAGGUCGACACCAAGACCAACGAGGAGCUUGAGGAGCAGGUGUUCAAGAUGCGCGCCAAGCUGUUCAAGUUCGACCGCGAGUCGCGGGAGUGGAAGGAGAGGGGCACCGGCGACGUCAGGUUACUCAAGCACAAGGAGAACGGCAAGACGCGCCUGGUGAUGCGACGAGACAAGACGCUCAAGGUCUGCGCCAACCACUACGUUGUGCCGGACAUGAAGCUUUCGCCCAACGUUGGCAGCGACCGCAGCUGGGUCUGGAACGCCGCCGCCGAUGUCAGCGAGGGCGAGCCCGAGGCUCAGACUCUGGCUAUCCGCUUCGGCAACAGCGAGAACGCCAACCUCUUCAAGGAGGCUUUCAUCAAGGCCCAGCAGGAGAACGAGGCUCUGUUCAACAAGUCGUCGGAGUAG